CUUCUUGCAUCACCACUUUCUAAAGAAACCCGAUGGAGGAUGUUUUUCUUUACCGUUUAUUGGCGUGGCUUAGAAGGAAGUAAAGCGAUCUGGCUUGCCCCUCCCCGCCGAGGCAAACCUCUAUUUCACCUUGACAAUAAUGCUAUACUUUCCAACUAUAAGGGUGUCCAGAAGUUGUUUUUUCCCCCUUCUUACACCCAGUGUAGUUGGAGGAUCUUGUGAAACAGCUUCUCGCGGUUUCCUAUCGCUUUAUUGAACUGAUGAGUAGGCCUACCAAAGAAACAUCUCACAGCUACAUAGUUCUCAUCGGGCGUGUGUAUGAAUGACUUGACGAGAAGCUCUGAAUAAGGCGUGACAACCUGUUGACCGGCCUACACUCCCUUCCUGCCCGCCUGCCUGCCCUCUCCCUGGGCCUGAGAGCUUACUCCCUGGAACUACAGGCCUCCACACCUACCUGGUCAACACCCCUCUCCUUUGGCCUUAAAGAGCCAAAAUGCUGCCUAGUACAUUCCUUACUGGACCUUUGCGUAGCAUCUUGGUGGGGAUCCUUGGUAUAGGAGGAUUUCUGACGCUGUUUGUAAUGUACUAUCAAUCAGCUCCAUCUCAGAUCUGCCCUCCACAGCCUGCUUUGCCACGUCAUUACUCAAAGCCAUCUGAGAACAGCUCCUUGUCUAAGAAGCAGCCAGAGCCAGACAAGCCCAUCAUGCUGUUGUGGUUCUGGCCUGAAAACCGCAGGUUUGAUUUUAGCGAUUGCACCACUUUCUUCAACAUUGAUGGCUGCCAACUGACAGAUGACCGGUCUCUGUACAACAAGGCAGACGGGGUGCUCAUCUUUCACAAAUCCAUCAAACAUGAUUUAUCCAACUUGCCUCCAUCACCUCGACCACCAUUCCAGAAGUGGAUCUGGUAUCAUGUGGAAUCACCUACAAACACAAUUAGAAUACCUGGUCUAGAGAACCUUUUCAACUUGACCUUGAGUUAUAGGGAAGAUGCAGACAUCCCUGUACGUUGGCGCUUAACUGCAAGGAAAGGUCAGGGUGGGGACUUUGUGCUGCCCAAGAAGGAUAAAUUAGUUUGCUGGAUUGUGAGUAACAAUAACCCUGCAACUGGAACAGCAGUAAGGGAUAACUAUUACAGAGAACUUGUCAAACAUAUUAAGGUGGAUGUCUAUGGAAAAGCCUUUGCAAGAUUCUUGAGAUAUGAGGACUACUUCUCAACACUCUCCAGCUGUAAGUUCUACCUCUCCUUUGAGAACUCAGUCCACAGAGACUACAUCACUGAGAAGCUUAACGGACCACUUGCAGCAGGAACAGUGCCAGUAGUAUUGGGCCCACCGAGACAGAACUAUGAGGACUUUGUCCCGGGAGAUUCCUUCAUCCAUGUUAAUGACUUUCCCAAUGCAAAAGCCCUGGCUGAAUUCCUCCUGAAGUUGGACAAGGAUGAUGAGGCAUAUCUGCGCUACUUUCAGUGGCAUAGAAACUUAUUUGCUCAGCAACAUCUAAUUCAACUGAGUCAAGAGUUCAUCCAAGCUAUUUGUUAUGCCUGUGACCAUGUAGGAAAACAUAAGGAGUACAGGGUUGUGCACAAUAUUUACAAAUGGUAUUUUGGUUAAUCAGACUUACACCCACUUCUGUGUACAGUGGGGCAAAAAAGUAUUGUCAGCCACCAAUUGUGCAGGUUCUCCCACUUAAAAAGAUGAGGCCUGUAAUUUUCAUCAUAGGUACACUUCAACUAUGACAGACAAAAUGUGAGAAAAAA